ACAAGAAUUUAGUACGAAAGAACACAGCGGAAUUUAAGGAACGAAAGCGGAUAAAUAAAUUGAAAAUAAUAUAGAAAAAAUGAAUUAUUUAUAAAAUAUUAAACGCGUUUAAAAAGAAAACAUAGUUUUUUUUAUAUGAAAAGAGAGCAAAGAAAUAUUGCCAAACUAGAAACAAAACAAAAAUAUUAGUGACGUCAUUGAAUGAAUUUGUGUAAUAAAACCGACUAAGGUUGCUGUUUUUAAAAAAAAUCAUAAUAGUGUUUUAAUAAUUUAUACAAAAUGCAUAAAUCACAAAGAGUUUUUGGUCAAAUUGGCCGAACUUUGCUAAAUCAACACUCCAACAACUAUCAAUUAAACAAGCAACCCCAACAAAAGUUAUUAACAUUAACUUGCCAUUUAACAAAUAAUACCCCAAAUGCUCCCGAGGAAGAUGGUAGUAGUAGUAAAAAAUCUUCCUUAAGUUUGAGAAUUCCCGCCCAAAAUUAUUCGAAAUUUACUGCCGCUCGUGAGGGUUUACCCCUGGCUGGCACCCAGCUUAUUUGUGAAGAACGAGCUUUAGAUUUGAUCUCAAAUCUGAAAGAAACCGAAUUGGCGGCCAUCAAAUUGGCCUUAAAGAAAUAUGAUGCUAAACAGCAAAAGGAAAAUUUUGAGGGAAAACUAGCAGCUACACAAUGGCGUACACGCUUUGGUCGUCUAUCCAAAGUACCCGCUUUGGGUGAAGUCGAUCCAACUGGAUCGUUUUGUGCCUUCCCAGAUGAUUGGUUGAAAAAGAAAGCCGCGGAAAAGGCUGCCAAUCCUUCUAGUUCGGAUUUAUGGAAAAUUUUCUUUGUAAAUGCUGUACCAUUUGUGGGUUUCGGUUUCCUAGACAAUUUCACCAUGAUCAUUGCUGGCGACUAUAUUGAACACAUAUUUGGCACUUUCAUGUGCAUAUCUACAAUGGCUGCAGCUGGUUUGGGCAAUACCAUUAGUGAUGUGCUGGGCAUUGGUUCCGCUUUCUAUGUUGAACGAGGUUGUGAAUAUUUGGGUUUAAAGCCACCCGAUCUAACACCCAUACAAAUGGAAAUGAAAUCUAGUCGUAAAGCUGCAAACUAUGGUCGUAUUAUUGGUAUUACGGUUGGUUGUUUAGUGGGCAUGUUCCCACUAUUGUUUAUGGAUCGCAAGGCCAUCGAAGACGAACGCAAAGAAGAAGAACGUUUAAAAAAAGAGGAGGAAGAACUUAAGAAAACAGAAGUUAAUUUAGUAACGGCUCAAUAGAUUUACGAAUUAAGUGUUGAUUAUUAUUUUUAAAUUAUUUUUCAUUUUUUGUUUGUUUAAAUUAUUGUUUUAAAAAUCAUAAUUUAAUUCCACGAACGAUUAAGUAGCUGCAAAGUUUAUGAUUUACUCAAGAAAGCAAAAGCAAUAAACGAUUUUAUUUUUUAUAGGAAUUUAUUAACUUAAAUUAUAUUUUUUAACUACCUCUACUAAGAAUUACUGAUUAUUAUUAUUAUUACAAUUUUUGGUGUGUAAAUUUUUAUUUUUCAAAUAAUAAUUUGUAUUAAUUUUUACAAAAUUUUUCAAUUAACGGGUUUUUUUGUUUAUUUUUGUUUCAAUUUUCUAAAAUUUUCAAUAAUAAUUUGUAUUGAUUUUUACUAAAUUUCUUUCCUUGAACGAUUACUUUUUUCUCAAAUUUUCUAUAUAGACUUAAAUCUAAGAGUUAAAUAAAAUUUCACUGUACGUACCUUUUUUAACUUUUAUA